AUGCUUGCAAAGUACGAAAACAUCCGAGAUGCUGUGAAGUCUCUUAUUACCGGUUUCUGGAUCACUUUUAGCGUCUGUUCCGUAGGUGUUCACGGCCAGGAGGGUAAUGGCUGUGGACAUACAGUGCUGGGCACCGAGUCUGGCACGCUGGCCUCUCAGAACUAUCCCGGCACUUACCCCAGUAACACCUGGUGUAGGUGGAGGCUCCGUGUGCCACAGGGGCGCUCGCUUCGACUUCUGUUUGGGGAUUUUGACAUUGAGAGCAGUCCAGGCUGCAGCAAUGGCUCUCUUGUGAUCACAGACAAGAACGGAGAACCCAGUCUGGGUCCAGUGUGUGGGAAGCUUGAUGUAUCACAGAAGAAUGUGACGCUUAAAACCAAUGAAGUGACAAUAAGCUUCAAGUCAGGCCCGCACCGCUCUGGACGAGGGUUCCUACUGUCCUACGCCACAGAUCAGUACCCAGAUCUAAUUUCUUGUUUACAACGAGGAUCUCAUUUUAGCUCGCAGCAUUUGAGUGUGUACUGCCCGGCUGGAUGUAGGAAUGUCACAGGAGAUGUUUGGGGAAAGUCUGAACUGGGUUACAGAGAUACCUCGGUCCUGUGCAAGUCUGCAGUCCAUGCUGGUGCUGCAUCUGAUAGUCUGGGAGGUCAUGUCACUGUAACUCGUGGGAGAAGUCUUACAUUCUAUGAACCAUCCUUUGCAAAUGGAAUCCUUUCAAAAACGGGGUCAUUAUCUGAAAAGAAGCUGCUCUUCAGCAAAGAAUGCAACAACAUCCUGAGUGUCUCUGGUUUAAAUGCCUCAUCUUUCUGGGAUAAAAACAACCAUCAGCACACAAUGCUCUGGUCCUCCAGAAACAUGGGCUCCAGCCGUGAGUUCCUACCCUGGACAGCCGGCAGUAACGAUCGGGACCCGUGGGUGGAGCUGGAGCUGAGUGACAGAAGCACUAUCACAGGGAUAAUAACAACAGGAUCAGAUGAGUACUACAUAGAAUCCUACAUUCUUCUUUUCAGCAAGGACAGGAAAAAUUGGAAGCUGUACAAAGGUGCCCUCAGCAAAGAAAAAAAGGUGUUUCAGGCCUAUACUGACGGCCACCUCAGGGUUCUCAACAGCUUUUUCCCUCCUGUGGUGGCUCGGUUUGUCCGGCUACAACCGCUGAGCUGGCACGGCCGAGCUUCAGCUCAGGUCCAAGUCCUGGGCUGUUCUGUCUCACCAAGGUCACGCUCAGCCACUGGCUCGCCGUCCAUCAAAGUUAACAUGGGUACGCCACGCCCGAGCCCCACUCCCACACCCACGGAGGGCCCAGUGUUAAUGGAAACCAGACUGAGUUCCAGUCAGCCAGUCAUCGUGGCAGUGGGAGUUGUCCUAGCGCUGUUAAUGUGUGGCAGUUGUUUGUUGGCUGGAGUCUGGUGGAAGCGGAGGAAAAAAGAUUCACAAAUGAAGUACUCCUUACCCACAACAGGCUGUCAGAGUUUCCAGGCAAAGAGUCUCCCCUGCCCACAAUCAGAGCUUAUCUCCUACCCUCUGGAGAGAAACGUCCAUGAUGCUCUACCCAGCCCUCCCCUUAAUGACUAUGCUGAGCCUGCUGUUGCAGCUAUUGGACAGAAAGUUGGGUCAACAUUUAGACCCUCCUCAGAUGAGGGCUACACCACCCCCUUCACUUUCAACCAUUAUGACACUCCUGGUAACCUGCCAGAAUACGCAGAGCCUCUUCCCCCGGAGCCUGAGUAUGCCACCCCCUUCAGUGAGCAGCUUUCUGAGUCACACGGACCUCCUAUACUCGCACCUACUGCUGGUACCAGGACAACAUCCAGCCACGCUCAGUAUGACUGCCCCUCACAUAGGAUGCUGUCCAAUGGCUACUGCACUCCCGCUCUACAUGCCAGUGGCCCACGGCCAGUCAGUGUGGUCUACGCUGAGCCCAAGCCAUGUGACUCUUUAUUACGCAAGCACGCAUACGAGGAGCCCAUGUGAACACAGCGAGCUCAGACAAGAAGAAUAAAAAGACUCUCCGGGGCUAAAAUGUGUGUUGAUACUAGAGGACCACUUGGUGAUGAUCUCAGGUGGACA